AUGGCUCCGACGAUGAUAAUAGCACUACCGACAGCAGAGACGGCGCAUGGGGGAAUGCGGGUCAGGAAUAUCGAGAUACGAUAUCCGGCCGGCGAAUCGCGCAACGGAACUUCGCCAUUCCCUCCGCCACCACCACCGCCACCACCAAAGAACGAUCACGAUAGCGAUGAUGAUGACGAGAGUGAUGACGACGACGUGGUUGCGUCUGCCAGCAUCUCUGCGGGUAUCCCAUUGCAGACGGGCAUUCCGGAGGCUGAGGCCGCAGCGAUGAGGGUGCAAUCACCCGAAGAGGAGACGAAGGAGCAUUGGAUGAUUGCCAUGGGAUCUGUCGUGUCAUUCGUGGUAAUCUGCGCCGUCUGCUUCUUGCUCUGGAAAUGGCGAGCAGUAAUCGCAAAGAAGAUCUUCCCGAACCGGGGCAACAACCGCAAUUCCUUCUCUUCGACCGCCGAGAAAUCCCGGCCGAUCAUCACCGGCCCGACCGACGGCUGGCAAUCCGUAGGCUCCGACGCCCCCGCGUCGCUGUACCACAUCCCGCUCUUCGGCGCACCCACCACCGAAUCCGGCACCACCGAAGACGGCAUCUUCGCCAUGCCGUACCCACCGGCGCCCGCGCUCGCGCCCUCAACCGCACAGAUGGGGCGACAGGGGUCCCUGCGGCGCCUCGUGCGGCGCUCGCUCCUUGACGAGUCAGACCGGCAGCGGAUCGCAUCGCCCACGUCGGACGGACACACGCACACGUUCUACCUCGAGAACGAGCUUGCGGCCGGCACCACCGCAGCGCGCAAAUCUAUCCCCACGCGCAAGACCAAGCGCGAGUCGCUAAGCCUGAACAUUGCGCCCGCUGCGGCCACCGCGUUCCCGCCUGCCCCCGCAAUCCCGGACUCCCCUGAGGCUGCGCGAGAGAUCAGUAGGUUCAGCUGGAUCACCGCCGCAAAGAGCGUCCGCUCCUCCGUGUCAAUGGAGAGUCAGCCAGUUAAGCAUAGAACUGUCAACUCGUGGGUCAGCCAGCAGGCGAAUCGUACCAUGUUGAAGAAUGAUGCCACUACUGCCCAGGUUCCGCCGACGCCCGUGGAGUUUAGAGCGCAUCCGGGCGCUGAAGUUGUGUUUGGUAGCGGCGGAAGGAGGAUCGAGAGCCGUGUGCUCGACAUGAGGCUGGAUGCUAGGUCGUGA